AUGAAGAUGAACCGUCAUGUUUUUCCGAUCAUUCAGUCGUAUCACAAUAAUCAUCAUUCAUCUGCACGAAAGUUAUCACACGAUAACAUCUGCUCACUGGCGACAUCUAUAGACACGUUUCGAGCGACACUGAAAUUUCAUAAUUGUUCACGUUUCAAUCAAUUGAAAAGCAAGAAUGACAGUUCGACUAGUUCUUCGUCAGCGUCGAGUCGCUCAACUUCAUCGUCAUCUUCAAAUUCGUCAUCAUCCAGUAGCCGUUCAUCGUCAGCUGCGUCAUCACCCGAAAAGAAGAAAGAUCACGGCUCAGCUAAACCUAGCAAUAAUAAGGCAACUGUUAAGAAAUCGUCGGUUGAACGCGAUCUAACUGAUGAUAAGCGAAAUGCUCAGUCGAACAAUCAAACACGUCGUAGUGCUAGUCCAUCGUCACGUCGACAAGAAAAAGAAGCCACCAAGAUUUACAUUGGUAAGUUGUCUACCAAUGUAAACAAAGACCAUCUGGCUGAAAUCUUUGGAACAUUCGGAGAAAUCAAAGAGAUUGAUUUACCGUUUCAUCGGAUCCAUCCGCAUCUUCAUCGUGGCUAUGCACAUAUCGAAUAUGUGACUGCAAAUGGUGCUGAACAAGCAUGUAAAUAUAUGGAAGGCGGACAAAUUGAUGGGAAAGAAAUUGUUUGCGCUCUUGUUCAUGGACAACCACCACAUUUAUCUUCGGAUCGAAGUCGUCGAGAACGAUCACCNCCGUUCCAUCGGAUCCAUCCGCAUCUUCAUCGUGGCUAUGCACAUAUCGAAUAUGUGACUGCAAAUGGUGCUGAACAAGCAUGUAAAUAUAUGGAAGGCGGACAAAUUGAUGGGAAAGAAAUUGUUUGCGCUCUUGUUCAUGGACAACCACCACAUUUAUCUUCGGAUCGAAAUCGUCGAGAACGAUCACCCUAUCAUGGAAGACGUCGACGUUCUCCAUUACCCCCAUCACGUCAUUAUCCACCGCCAAGACGAGGUGAUCGAGAUCGUGACCGUGAUCGUGGAAGAUACAAUGAUCGGCGAGGCGGUGGUUACUCACCCCGAUCAAGAAAUUAUCGACGUGGCCAAUCACCUCCGACAUCUGGUCGACGUACUGGUGCAGGUGGAAGUGCAGCGGAGUCACCAAAGAAAAAAGAACGUCGAUAUUCACGAUCGAGUUCAAGUGAAUCCAAAUAA